CCCUCUGCAAACCCAACGGUCAGGUGUUUUCAAAAACCUUCCCCUCUCUGUCUAAUCAUCUCAUUUCUCAAACUUGGUUUUCACCCCACAUUGACAAUUCUCAUCAAAUUCUGAACCUUUUCUACCUACAAUGGCUGCUACACCAAAACCCUUGAAAUCUUGCACCCCCAUUUCAGUUUCCAAGGUGAGGGUCAUCGUCAGGGUCAGGCCCUUCCUCGCACACGAAACCUCAUCAAGAAACGGCGACCCCAUUUCGUGCAGCUCCGUCCUCGACCAAGAUUUCGAGUCUCCGCAGGACGAGGUUGCCGUUUAUCUCAAAGACCCACUAACCAGCCGGAAUGAAUGCUACCAGUUGGACUCGUUCUUUGGGCAAGAAGAUAACAACGUGGGUCAGAUAUUCUGCAGAGAAGUUAGUCCCUUUGUUCCGGGGAUCUUCAGUGGAUGCAAUGCCACUGUGUUUGCUUAUGGGGCUACUGGAAGUGGGAAGACAUAUACUAUGCAGGGAACCGAUGAACAACCUGGCUUGAUGCCACUGGCAAUGUCCAUGAUCCUUUCUAUUUGCCGAAGCACUGGCAGCACAGCACAUAUUUCAUACUAUGAAGUCUACAUGGACCGAUGCUACGACCUCUUGGAGGUCAAGGCAAAGGAGAUUUCAAUCUGGGAUGACAAAGAUGGGCAAAUUCACCUCAGGGGACUAUCUCAGGUUCCUAUAAACACAAUGUCUGAAUUUCAAGAUGUUUUCUCUUGUGGAGUUCAGAGGCGCAAAGUUGCACAUACAGGCAUCAAUGAUGUCUCUAGUAGGAGUCAUGGAGUGCUUGUAAUAUCUGUGUCCACUCCUUCAGCUGAUGGCACUGGAACUGUUGUGUGUGGAAAGUUGAAUCUCAUAGACUUGGCAGGUAAUGAAGACAACAGAAGGACCUGCAAUGAAGGGAUUCGUCUUCAAGAGAGUGCCAAGAUAAACCAGUCCUUGUUUGCGCUGUCAAAUGUGAUAUAUGCAUUGAACAACAAUAAACCAAGAGUGCCGUACAGAGAAAGCAAAUUGACCCGUAUAUUGCAGGACUCUCUAGGUGGAACAAGUCGUGCACUGAUGGUUGCUUGCCUGAACCCAGGAGAAUACCAGGAAUCUGUUCAUACUGUUAGUUUAGCUGCUAGAUCAAGGCAUGUUUCUAAUUUUGUACCUUCAGCUCAAAAACAAGAGACCCCAAAAGUUAGAGUUGACAUGGAAGCAAAAUUGAGAGCUUGGCUAGAAUCAAAAGGCAAAACAAAGAGUGCACAAAGACUUGGGUCAUUUAAUUCCCCACUUGUGAAAAAAACUCCCAGUUGCAUAGUUACCCCUGCCAAGAGAUCUAUUACCUUCAACAGUUCAGUGAAGAGGGGAAGAAAUGCCAACAAUCUAGAUGUUCAACAUACUAAUGGAAGGGCAUUUGCUGUGGCUUUUGGAAGUUUACUAGAUGGUGAAGUUCCUUUUGAUUCUUGCAUGGAGAACGCACAAUGUGGUGUCAAGGACAAUGAUAACAAAGAGACUGAGCAUGAUGCCGAUAAGGCUGCAUGGGAAUCAUACAAAAAUAUACCCGUUGAAUCAUCGAACAAGGGAGUGAACUCAAUUACAAAUGAGAAUAAAGAUACAGUACAAAGUCCUUUAAGAAAAGCCCUCUCCCCCAUCAACAUCAAUGCCAAGCAAAAACCCCUUGAGGCAUUGUCUUUCACACAAACACCUUUUAAGGCAACCUGCUCCACUAAUAAAGGGAUACAAAAGAAUGGCACUCCACUUGACAAAUUCAGCACACGAGGUUCUACGCUGAAGAACUGUCUAGUUCAAGAAUACGUUGAUUUCUUGAAUAAUGCAAGCAGAGAGGAACUACUCGAGUUAAAGGGCAUAGGAGAGAAAAUGGCAGAAUACAUAAUAGACCUUAGAGAAGAAAGUCCACUAAAAUCGUUAAAUGAUUUGGAGAAGAUUGGCCUCUCUUCCAAGCAGGCCCAUAAUCUGUUCACUAAAGCUGCAAAAAAACUAUUCGAAGAUAAAGCUGAAGAUUCAAUACUCAAUUGAAAUCCAUUCUCAGGAUUUUUCGGCUAAGAUCAUGUGUAACUUUUAUUCUUUUCAAUUUAGUAUAUCAUUGUACCAUUGCCGCAGCUAGCAACCUAUGUAGCUUGCUUUGUGUUAUUGUUGUAACCUAAUCAUAAAAUAUUUUACUCAUUGAAAAAGUGUGAUCCUUGUAACAUGGUAUCAAUUACUCUUUUCUUGCCUACAGUCAGCAUUGUUU